AUGUACGGGUGGACAGACCGAUUGAAGAUGCCUGCCUUCCGCAUUCCGCCUCUUCCGCAUUCCGCCUCCUCCGCAUUCCGCCUCCUCCGCCACUUUCCACCCCGCUUCCGCAUCCACCCUCUUCCGCAUCCCCCCUUUUCCGCAUCCCCACCCCCCAUUCCCCUUCCUCUGCUUCCUCCCUCCGCUCCCCUCUUCCGCAUUUCCCCUCGGUAUUUAAUCUUUUACCGUUUUCUCCUCUUCCGCCCUCCCCCUCCCGUCCCCUCCCUUCCCAUCCCAUCCCCUCUCACCAGGUGGGGUGGGAGGGCCCUCUAUAUUGUUCCCAGUUCUCCUGCUCCCAUCUCCCUCUCCGUCCGCCUCUUUUUUCCCCUCCCAUCAGGUGGCAGCGGCAGUGGCGUUUGGACUAGUCGUGGGCUUCGUGGAAGGACCCACCAAAGCGUCAGAGUUCUUUGCGGGGUGAGACAUGGGGGAGAGGGGUGGGGAGGGGCGGAGAGGGAUGGGGAGAGUUGGGGAUGGGCGGGGAGGGGUACGUACGUGCCACUCACGCUCUCUCUCACAGCGUACCAGGUACAUGCCACUCACGCUCUCUCACAGCGUACCAGGUACGUGCCACUCACGCUCUCUCACAGCCUACCAGGUGGGUGCCACUCACGCUCUCUCACAGCAUACCAGGUGGGUGCCACUCACGCUCUCUCACAGCCUACCAGGUGGGUGCCACUCACGCUCUCUCACAGCAUACCAGGUGGGUGCCACUCACGCUCUCUCACAGCCUACCAGGUGGGUGCUCUGCUCUCUAUCUACCAUCCUACUACCACCCCUUUCCAACCUCUGUCCGUGGACAAUCUCUUUCUCUUCCUUCCCAUCUUCUCCUACUUCAAACUGCCUACAGCCCAAGGUACUCACGCAUUACUGCCCCAUUCGCUCCCUCUACUCCCUUCCCAUCCCACUACCACCUCACCCCUCUCCAACCUUUACCACCCCUACCAACCGACGUCAGUGAACAAUAUCUUUGCCUUCUCCUACUUCAUCGUGCCCACCGCACAUCAGGUACUCACGCUCUCUAAUGCUCCAUUCAUUCAUAACCGCUCUCUCUCUCUCUCAAAAGACACUCUUUCUCUCUCGCCUUACCUGAAUCGACUCACAACUCUCUUUGUCCUCGCCUACGUCAAAGUGCCUUCAGCCUACCAGGCAGGUAGCCGCUCUCUCUUUCUGCCUACAGCCCACCAGCCUCGGGUGCUCACGUAUGGCAUCGCUGGAGCUGUGAUCUUCCGAGCCAUCAUGAUAGGUCUGGGCAUUGCGGCCAUUCAAGCCUUUGAAGCGGUCAACCUGCUGUUUGCCGCGGUUCUCAUAUUCUCCUCCUACAAGCUACUAGCGGAGGCAGAGGACGAGGAUGACGACCUCUCCAACAACUCAGUGGUCAAGUUCUGCCAAAAGCUCAUCCCUAUAACAGAUUACUACGACGGUAACAAGUUCUACACCACAACAGCAGCAGGCGUGCAAAUACUUAUUGUCCUGUUGCCUUCAUCCACCCUCUCCUCCUCCUCCUCCUCCUCCUCCUCCUCCUCCUCCUCCUCCUCCUCCUCCUCCUCCUCCUCCUCCUCCUCCUCCUCCUCCUCCUCCUCCUCCUCCUCCUCCACCUCCUUCUCCUCCUCCUCCUCCUCACCCCUCCUCCUCCUCACCCCUCCUCCUCCUCACCCCUCCGCUUAUCUCUUUGUUGUGUCAACACCCACUCACCCUCCCCCCCACCCUCUUUCCCCACCAACUAAUGCAUCAAUCCACGCCUUUCCCUCCUCACUCUGUCCAUCCAUUGUUUCCCCCGUGCACCCUCCUCUCCCGUGCACCCUCCUCUCCCCCGUGCACCCUCCUCUCCCCACCCUCCUCUCCCCACACCUCCUCUUCCCACCCUCUUCUCCCCACCCCCUCCCCCCACCUGCUGCCCCCACCACGCAAUACAUCAGGCCACUCCUCUCCUCCUCACUCUAG